UGCCUAAUCUUAUCCGAACACUCACUGGUUGGUCAAUGCCAUUGGUUCCGAUUCAACAUUGUUACAUUGGAGACGUGUAGACUGGCGUCGCCCUGGUGACUCUUGUGACUCUGUGUAACCGGGAGACGCCGGGUCGCUGCAGUAGCCGGCCGGGGAAUGGAGCGCUAACCGCGGCAGCGCCAACAAGCUAGCAAUCGGCCGGGUAGCUCCGUGAAGCGCAGGGCACCAUGGACGACGAUGAAUAUUACAACCUAUUGUUGAAAAAGCAGGCUAAAGCUAUAAUAAAACAGGUAUUGGAGAAUGCCAAGAGAUACGUUGAACAACUGCUGAUAAAAGAGGGGAAAGGUGAAUAUAGGAUCCCUAACAUCGAGUGGGUUCCAAGCAAGGACUUCACUGUUACCAUUGGGGCAAAGCAAAUAGAAGAAUAUGUCUCAAAAACCUGGGAGUUUAAGGAUUGCUGGCUUCACUGUCUGGAUUACCUGAGUGAGGAAGAACUGGAAUACCAAAUCCAUCACCAUUAUCGAGUUCGCUGGAGUAUCCCAACACGAAGGAAGCCCAUACCACGAGCAACAGCCUCGAGUUAUUUUAUUAUUGAAAUCUCUAAAGUGAAACCACCUACGUUUCCAGUUGAAGUUUACUUCUUUUUUGAAUCAAACAGACUUCUGCACAGACCUGGUCAAUCAAGAUUCAAAGAGAAGUGGCUAAAGGACAUCAUUGAAAGCAAAAUUCUAUUGAUGGAGGAAGUUAAUUUUUAGGUUUAAGUGUAUAUAUUUGGCAAAGCCAAACUAUCCCUAAUUGAUUUAUAUUGUGUAUCGAUUUCAAACCCAGGGUUGGAAAAUCUGGGCAUCUCUGGUUUUGUACAGUUAAGUAAUGACCUGAUAGUUUCUCUGAUUGAGCCAUCACGAACAAGUUUUUAUAACAAAUAUACUGCAUGAUUUGCAAAAUUAAUGUUGAAUAAAAUAAUUUACAUUUACAUAUCUUUGUGUUUAAAUAAACCAGUUUCAUA